AUGACAUUCCUUCGCAGGAAGCUCGCUGCUCAUGCCGAUUUCAUCGUCACCAGAUGGCGCAAGAAGUCGCGUGACAAGCGAUUCACUUUCUUGGAGGAACACUGCGCUCUUUAUCCUAAGAAAUGGGCAGCUGUCCAUCUGCUCGAUGCCGUCAAGUAUCCUCACAGCGAAGAAGAACACGCAUACUACACUGGCCCUUCGGGAAGAGGCAUCACGAUCAGCCGCCAAACUGGCGAAGUGGUGAAAGUCUGCAGGCCCCCUCAUCUUAGAGACCCAGAAGGAGUUAUCAACAGGUUUCGAGACACAUGGUUUUUGCCGUACCUUGAUGCAGAGAUGUUGUCUGAAGACCCCAUGCUCCUUCUGGCGUUGCUGCACCACCGCACCUUCAACGAACCUGAGAAAUGGAUUACCUUUGACAGCUCCAAUGUUGUUCUUGCCGAAUGCUUUGGACCUAUCGAUCAUGUGUUCAACGCCCAGUGUGUUGUUGUGCAGGGUCCUGAUUAUGGCAAGCUGGUCAAGUGGAAUGCUCCGCAGAUGCAUCGCAGAGAGAUCAUGNNACUCUUGGCCGAGACCAACGAAGUGCCUAUCUAUGACAUCCAUCCCAAAUGGUUACAGUUGAUCAGUACAGACUUCUCCAGGUUUGGCGCUACUGCUGGAUGGUCUACUGACUCUGUCAAGCCUUUCUCAGCGCCACCUUCUUUUGACCCGAUCGAAGUUAUGGAGCUCAUCGCCUCUCGCCAUCGCGCUGUCAGAGACGAUGUCGAAAAUCAUCAAACCGACCCUGCAUAUGUUCAAUUCCUCGCUCGUGAAUUGGCCUCAGCAAACUUCUUCGAGACGCGGUCUGGCUCUGAUAGAUGGCCAUACUUUGUCGACCAGCUCUUUUGCAUUCCUCUCCACAGGAAGAUGUAUUGGCGUCAGCUGAACAAUGAAAGCAAGCGUAUGGGAGUGUGGUUCAAGGCGGUUCAAGAGUCUCCAUCCGACCCAGAAGCCAGAGCCCAGUAUGAACACAAGCUCCAUACUGUCUGGGAGCUUUGCUUGGAGACUUUCGCCGUCUUCAAGCAAAAUGUCGAAACAAGCCUCCUCUACCAGCGUGGCUUUGGAAAGAAUCUCGGUAUUGAAGGCGACGGAAAGAAUGACAAGUUCAAUCGCAAGUUUAGCUUGGACGAUCACUUCCCUAACGACAUGCUGUGCUGGGCAGUGAGCUCCUUAGGCUACGACAAGUGCAGACCUCUGAGCAUGGAUCCUUCGCUCAACUUCACCAUGAUCGAUUAUCUGUGUCGUACCGACCGCAAGGAGGCAGCUCGCAUCAGCCAGAGCUUGCUUGUUCAACUGAGCGACAUGGCUAUACUGUUCGAAAUGAUGUCUUCUAUCAUAUUACGGCCCUUGCGUGAUGUCCGCACUAAUCAUAAGCAUACAAAGAGGCCCUUGGAAGAGUCUAAUCGGGACCAGUUCAUCAAGAAGACGAACGCACCUUUUGGAGACGACGAAAUUGGUGAUAAGCUUGGAGAAUUUCUNUGCACCCAGUAUCCUUGGCCUCGCGGAAGANNAAAAAGUGAAGAUUGGCUACGGGAAGCUGAUGCCUCUCAAGAGGCUUCGGGCGUGUUUUGGACCGAGAUGCGUACCAUUUGGGUACGUAAGCUUCGUGAACAGGGCGGAGUUGCUGAGCACUGUAUCAAGGAAGACCUCGAUGGGCUCAUGAGCUUUUCCAAAGGAGAGAAGCAUCUGGAAGAGCUCGCAGCCCAGCGAGAAUACGUUCUCCAUCAGAUUGCCCGUGCUAACAAACAGACUAUCGAUGUCAACGUCACAACUCAGACUGUCUGGGGUGAGGACACUGGCAGCCCAUCCUCCAUCACACCUGUCUCCCGAAAGAACAGAACAAGGUCUCCACCAUUCUCUGGUCGAGGUACCGAGUCGCCUAUUCCAACCCUCGAGGCUCCGGUAACCCCCAAACCUCAGCCGGAACCAGUCAAGAUCGCUAUCAAACGCGACAACAUUGCCAUCUUCAAGGCCAUGUACCCAAAGAAUGGAGAGGAUUCUUCCCGCAGCUUCGCCUGGCAACAUUUCCUCGCUGCCAUGACGGAUGCUGUCUUCAGUAUUCUGCAGAGCCAAGGUAGUGCUGUCACUCUCAAGCUCGAGAAGAGUGAAGGUGUCAACACGAUUGUUGUUCAUCGUCCUCAUCCUGAUGCUACGAUCAACCCCAUCAUGCUGAGAGGCAUCGCCAAGAGAACCACCAAAUGGUUUAGUUGGCACAGAGAAACCUUUGUCGAGCGCGAGGAAGCAUGGUGCAGUGACGAACUAAAGAGAGUGGUGUUAUGUUGA